UACAAUACUUGAGGCUGGAGGCUUGGAAGUCGCUGAAAAAUGAGGGCUGCUCUGUCCAGGGCACUGUCGGUGCUCGCCUCUCUGGCUGUUGUUCAAGCCAAAAACUCGUGUCUGGACCCCAACAACUCCGACUACCGCUGCGGCGCGGCUAUCGUGGCCAAGGAGCAAUCGACACUGAGUCUUGUUGGCUGUGGUCUUACAGACGAUGACUUUGAUGAUCUGGAAGUCUGCACUACCGUCGGGAGUCAACUUCAGAAUCCAUCAGUAGAACAACUGGACCUCUACAACAACACCCUGACCACGCUUCCGGGGGAGUUUUUUCAGUCUUCGACGUCAUGGACAUCCCUGAACUUCUCCUACAACAACCUAACUACACUCCCGGAAGAGGUAUUUCAACCACUAUCGGCCCUUACAAAUCUGAGCCUCUGGAGCAAUCAGCUGACUACACUUCCGGAAGGGAUUUUUCUAUCCUUGACGUCCCUGGAGUUGCUGAACCUCUUCGAAAACAAGCUGACCUCUCUUCCGGAAGGGAUCUUUGGAUCCUUGGCGUCCCUGAUUGAACUGAGCGUCGGAGCCAACGACCUGACCAUGCUUCCGGAAGACAUUUUCGCGUCUUUGACGUCCGUGACGCACCUACGCAUCCAAGACAACCCGCUGCUCACGCUUCCGGAGGGGAUAUUUCGAUCGAUGACGUCCCUGACGACUAUGACCAUCUCGACCACCAGUCUCACCACGCUCCCUGAAGAGAUUUUUCAAUAUCUGACGUCCCUUUCAACUCUAUGGAUCCGAGAUAACGACAGCCUGAUGGCGCUUCCGGAAGGGAUUUUUCAAUCCUUGACGUCGCUGGCAAUUCUGAACCUCAGUACCAACAAUCUGGUCGCGCUUCCGGAAAAGAUUUUUCAACAUUUGACGUCCCUAGAAUAUCUUUGGAUCCGAAACAAUGACCUGACCACGCUUCCGGAGGGGAUUUUUACAUCCUUGACGUCGCUGAUACAAAUAGACGUGAAUGGAAACCCGAAUCUGGAGUGCCUGCCUCCAACACCUGAAGCAAUGACUGAGGUUAUCGGAUACACUGGCGUCACAGACGUGUGCGGGUGUGAACUCUCGGACGGAACAAGCCCAUGUGGCCAAGACCUGGCGUGCUCUCCUGGUCCCGAAGGGUACACGUGCGGUAAUACUUCCCUGGCUUCCCUGGCCCCUACCCCUUCUCCCGCGCCCGUGAUGGAAGCCCAAACGUGCUCCAACGGGCUUGCCGGUUACGAGAAGUCGGGCGCCUGUUGUUCAGUUGGCUGCGGCACAUGCGGCGGAGAAGGAUGUUCGCAGCUCGGCCAAGGUGCGGAGUCGUGCUGCACGUCCAACAUCAUUGCUGCCGGCGAACCUUGCAGCGAGAAAGGAGCAGCUCCAUGCAUCAUGGACACCGGUGUGGAGUCGUGCUGCACGUCCAACAUCAUUGCUGCCGGUGAACCUUGCAGCGAGAAAGGAGCAGCUCCAUGCGUCAUGGACCCGGAUUCUCGCAUUUGAGGUUCUGCAGAAGCAGGUAGGGAGGGAAAGCCAGGGCGAAACUGUAUCAACAAACCCAUGCCUCGGUGAUCGUCAUCUUCAAAAGGGAAAAAGCUGGUUUCUUCUUUUUCUCUAGGGGAUAACCCCUCAUCCACUAAUUUUAUUUGAAUUCUUGACAAAGCACCUGCCUGCAGGUAAAUAUUGUGUUGAUCAUUCAGGCCAACUACCAAUUAUUUAGGUAGUGUUGGCGCAUAUUGUACGAGAAAAUAAACCAGUCUAGUUAGGGGCGAAGAGACGAUCUUCGGGAAUUCGACAAGUACUCAACUCCAUGCUGCCGUAUUGUUGUACCAGGGACUCCAUUCUCCGAAAAUUAAUAUUCAUAUGAGGUUUUGCGCGUUGCCUCCGUAUCGCUGUGUUUCACGCAACUUCCGGUGAGUUGAACGUGUCGUUGCGAUUGUUCGAGGUUUUUGCCGCAGAAGUGACGUGCUGUGUACUGUAUGUUUGGUUGUCUCUCCCCACUGUGCACCUCAGGACACUGGUCAAUUACAUUGCUGUCCGCCGAAGGGGGUAGACUAUAGGCUAAGUGGCACAGCGGCGUGUAUUCGCUUAUGGUUGUAGAAGAAGGAUCACACGGUUGGCGUGCAAUCCUACGGCGUUGUGCCCAUUCUCUUACUGAGACCACAAAGGGGAAACAAUGCUGGGAACGGGGUGGUUGCCGGGGAUUGGUAUCGUUGGUUUUGGUGGGAAGGGGAUUGAUGUGUUGAGGGUGCACGACGUCAACUUAGGGUUCUCAGUUGUUCGUGAUUUGCUCUCUUGCUUCGAAGCGGUGUCUUGCGAGUGACAAGAGAGGACACUCGUGCCGACGAGGGGCCAAUUUCGGUGCCAGACAGAAACUGUAACGGUCCACGACCCGCGACUCGA